AAUACUGAAUAUUUACGAGAAUUGCUUCACGAAUUUCUCACGACAGCUGGGUGUUGAUAAUAAUAAAUUCCACUUUUAUUUAUUAAUUCGACUUUAAAUUGCGUGACAAUCGACAUCGAAUCUGCCAUCCUUUGUCACUUGGAAAUAUUUACAAUAGCAGCAAACUGGGUAGAGUAAUGAUGAAAUGAUGGAAUUUACCUGUAACUAACGGUAACACAGGACGCGAUGCCGUGCCCGUGACCAGUGCAGCGCACCAGCCAAUACCGGUACCCGCACCGCUCAGGCCAGGCCCGUGGUAGAGUCGAGCGAGGUUCCGUCGUCUAGCCAACGCACCGCUUCAGCUCCGGUAUGAUUGUGUGAACGGGGUAUACGAGAGCUCGAGUGCUUACCAUGGGCGAUACUCGCGACGUCGCGGCUACGUUUUUAGACUACAGUUUCUGCUUUGACUUUUUCAGACAUUUUCAUUGACUAUUAAAACUUGGAUUUCAUUAAAAUUGGAUAUGAUUUUUAAAAAGAGCAUAAGACCAUGAGAGUGACAAGAGAGGAUAAAAGAACUAUUCUAGAUGAGACCUUUCAGAGAUCCGUCCACUUAAAAGAUGUCUCUUGAGGAAAACGGUAAGAUGGACAGUAGCACGGGGGCGCACAUCGGAUCCACCCAGCGUCCGACGGCCAAGUACAGUAAGCUGACCAACAGUCUCCGUGUGCUGACCACCGGCUCAAUGCAAUGCUCUAUGUUCUGUGGAGGAAAAGGCUGUAAAUAUGACAAUCCUUCCAAGUGGAGCGAGGAUCAGAUGGCUAUCAAAGGACUUUUUUCUCAUUGGGUGACCAAGAGGAUUCUUGCCAUGUCCAGACCAUCAACGGACGCUGUCAAAAAGUAUGAUAUCAUUGGACAAUUCAAGGAGCAUGGAAUAAAAGCGGUAAUAAAUCUUCAGACACCUGGAGAGCAUGCUCAUUGUGGACUAGGGUUGGAGCCAGGAGGGUUCUCCUACGAUCAAGAACAAUUCAUGGAUAAUGACAUUUUCUUCUACAACUUUGGAUGGGAUGACUACGGGGUCAAAUCAUUGACCUUCAUUCUGGACAUGGUCAAAGUAAUGACCUUCGCAAUAAAGGAAGGAAAGGUUGCUGUUCAUUGCCAUGCCGGCCUUGGUAGGACGGGAGUAUUGAUUGCAUGUUAUCUGAUAUAUGCCAAGAGAUUCGAUGGAGACCAUGCUAUUCAUUUUGUGAGAGAAAAAAGGCCAGGUUCGAUUCAGACGAAGGGUCAAGUGGAAUGCUGUCAACAAUUUGCUCAGUUUCUCAUUCCUCUUCGAGUUGUAUUUUCAUCAUGUGAUCCAUGCUCUUUCCCUUUCACGUUACAACAAUUCUUAAAUAGACAAAAACAUCUCCUCCACGGAUCAGAGAGCAGAGAACUAAAGCAUAUACCAAAGAUUGUCAAGAUUGUAUGCGUGCGUCUUCAUCAGCUGGCCAAGAUCAAAGAUGUCCAUUCGUCCAGCAUCAUAGGCAGGACCGACAGCGUGGACACGCUGAAGAAACUCACCCCAGGAGCGUUCCAGGACAAAAGACAUUCCACAGAGGACAGUGCCCUUGAAGAGGACAAAACCAGGAGAUACAGUCUUGACCCAUUGAGCGAAAGCAACGGGCUCAGCCCAUCCGCUGCCGAGGCUCACAGCCUGGUCUCUCCAGGACGGAAGAGUACGAACUUAGACUUUAGGAAGCUGCACUUGAAUGACAGUGCCACGGUGUCGAGUUCCGAAGAUGAUGCCAUGUCCAUCGGGAAGAUUCACCAUAAGAGACUUACGACAAGCCAUUCUGCAGAUUCCUUGGGCACGUCUGGUCUGUCGAGACCGAGGAUCAGUGAUUCUCUGCUGUGUAAUCAUUCGGUGAUGAACAUGCAAGAAGAUGGCGAUGUUGAGUUGGUAGCAGACGCCAUGGGUCUGGAUACCAGGUUAAGACAAGGGGAUGGGGAUGGAGAUGAUGAGGAGGAGGAUGAACAAAAUGAUGCGGUGGAAGAGGGCGGAAUUGCCGCUGCUUUACUGAAUCUCAAGCAUAGAGUGGAGUCCUUACAGCACAAUUUGAAUCAGAGUCAUUCAGCGUGGAAGAUAUUAGCAACAGAGGAAGAUCCAUUUGUGCUUGCUGCCCUCAUGUGGUCGUGGCUUGAACAUCUGAAGGAACCUGUCCUACAGGGAAAUGACAUGGAGAAACUUGUUGAAUAUUCUGGAGACUUGCUGAAAUCUUUAACUGUACUUGAAAAAAUGCAGAAGUUAACCGUUGAUUGCAUUCUACAGACGAUUGCGGGCCUAAGACCGAUAUCCGACUAUGUGGAAGCAAGGCUUAUACACCGUUUUAUUUCAGCAAUCACCCAUAGACAUCAUGAUGAUAACAAGGAUUUUCUGAAAUUUGUAAACGGAUACGUCAGUGCAUUGCGAUCAAGCAUGCCCCCCGUGAAGACAAGAGGGGCGCAUCCCAGCUCUUCAAAGCCACCAGAGGUGAAAGACUUAGUGCCAGAAAAGAAGAAAGUGGUGGAGGAGAAAAAGAAAGCGAAAGGAAAGAAGAAGAAAGAGAAGUCACCAAGAAAGGAGGAAGUGAUUUUCAAGAAACAGGAGAGGGAAAAUGACCAGAGAUCGUCAGACGAUGAAGAACCGUUGACAUUUGCUGUUCCAAAGAAAAGGGGCAAUGCUUUGCCUCCCAUCUUCUAAAAAGGGAUACUUCUUUAACCCCUUAUCAUCUGAUGAGGGGUAAUGCUUUGCCUUCUAUCCUCUGUAAGAGGUAAUGCUAGACCUCCCAUCUUCUAAAAGGGGUAUUGAUCUGCUCCCUUCUGAAAAGGGGCAAUGUUUUACCGCUCAUCUUCUGAAUGAGGGGUAAUGCUUUACCCCUCAUCUUCUGAAAGAAGUAAUGCCUUACUCAUCAGCUUCUGAAGAGAUGUAUUGCUUUUCCCCUCAUCUUCUGAAAGAGGUAAUGCUUUACCCCUCAUCUCCUAAAGAGGAAUAAUGCUCUACUUGUCAUCUUCUGAAAGGAUUAGUGCUCUUCCCCUCAUCUUCUGAAAAACGGUAAUGUUUGCCUUCCAUGUUUGGAGUAGGGGUAUGUUUUACCGCGUAUCUUUUAAAAAGGGGUAAUUCUUUGCCUCCCAUUUCUUAAUCAAGUCAAGGAGAUCUGUUUUGACUGACUCUUAAACGCGUCUUCACCCGUCUACAUUCCAGUAGAAGUGUAACAAAUCUUAAAUGAAUUUAGGAUAUUUUUGAUCUGUGAGAAUCUCUUCCUUCAUCCUUCCAAAAUAGUAGUGUGCUCUUAUAAUCUUUUUAUGUUACUUUUAGAUUCAUGCUGGAUUAGGACUGCUGUCAACUCUGCCUUAGUUUAUUUUGCCAAACAAUCGCUGAAUGUAGAAAGUUUACUUGAAGAGUUAUAUUAUCUUAUACACUUAUAUCUUAUACACUUAUACACUGGUCAUUUUGCCUCCGACGAAGAUUCUGCUAGGAUCGAAAGCUUAGGCCCCUUUUGACUUUCUAUCUUAUACACUUGUAUAAAUGCAAGUUUGUAAAACUUUUCAGAAACAUAUAACUAUAGUCUGUAUUCAAAUGUUGCUGGCAGAGAUUACUGUAUUUCUGUAUCUCCUCGUUGAGCAUAAUACGUAAUGAAUAUAUGUAUUUUUACAUUUAACUGAUAAUCAUUGAUUAAUUGUGUAAUUAUUGUUUGUUGAUGUGGUAUUCUUGAUUUUACAACCUUUGUCAGGACUGAACUUUUUCAUCGAUAAGAGAAUAUAUCGGGUGUUCCAGAAAAGGUGGAAUGGCAUGCUUUAAGUUCUUUCCUUUCAAAAAGUUGAAAUUUGUUAAUAUCAUUGUAAAAAGGAAUGAAACAAGAUCAUAGAAUUCGGUUUUAAAUUACAAUUUCAUUACUUUAUCCAUUUCACUAUUUAAUGCAUAAAUAGCCUGACCC